AUGGAUGCUUUGAUGGCAAUGUUGGCCGUUUUUGCCGCAGUGGGAACGUUCGGAAAUGCUCUAACGCUCUACGUCUUCUCAAAAAUGCUGAAUUCUAAACAACAUUUAACUUCGACAAUUUUCAUUUUGACAUUAGCUGGGACCGACUUCAUCACCAGUGGCUUGAUCAUCCCUUACACGAUGUACAUGGAAUCCACCGGUCAUCGUGUCAAGCACGACUUCAUCUGCAAAUGUUAUCACUUCUUAGCCACAACCACGGUUCCAUAUUCAGCCUUCAUUAUGGUAGCCAUUGCUGUGGACCGCUACAUAUGCAUCUGUCAUCCGUUUUCCCAGGCGAUGACAACGUUCAGGGCCAAAGUUGUCAUCAUUUCCCUGGCUUGUUUUGCUGGUGGUAUGGGAAUCAUCACGUCUCUUUGUUAUAGCCUUAAGCCGAGCACAGCAAAAGUCCCCUUUGAACACAACAUCUCUUCGCCAAUUUCUGUCUCAAAAUUCGUAGAGCUUCAAAACUCUUCAUCUUUACAGUCGUCCUCGCUAAGGCCUGUGGUUAACGCUGCUGUGGUACUGGAAAGGGCUUACAUUGGCUCUGGGGAGAACAGGAGCGUCAGCUAUGACACGAAGUUUCCAUCCACCAAUAUCACGGGCGACGAUCUAGUGGCACCGCUCUGUGACAGAAGCGACUACAUUCUGGAUAUAGGAUUUCAGAAAGCUUUCCAGUGGUUCAGUUCGUCCCUAUUCCUCUUCGUGCUCGUUGUCGUUUCUAUAUUGUACUCUUUAAUCUACCGUAGAGUUUUACAGCGAAGGAAGGCUCACCCUCAUAUCUUCUCUAGUUAUUGGUGUUUCUGCGUACCCAAGCCAGGUAUAGACCGCAGUCAAGGGACGGUCAAUGAAAACGGCUUUGAUGAUAGCAAUUUGAAUGAAAGGCGAUCUCUUCGCUCGCCUUCAGUUCGAAGCCCCAAUGCCAGGGCGGACAAAGUGUUUUUUGCCAACCUAAAAAUCGCCGUGACUUUGUUCGUCGUGACCGUCGUGUUUGUGGCGGCUUACCUUCCCGCCUGGCUCAUGGCCCUGAAAGUCGUUCACGAAAAUAUCAUCGUGUUUUAUAUGUACUUCACACACAAUGUUGUGAAUCCUUUGGUGUAUGCUUUCAUGAAUCAGAAGUUUAGACAACACUUGGCAGAAAUUGGUAACUGCCCCAAACAGCGGGAUUCAUAGAAGCUCAUUUACAUAAGUGGAACAGAGUGUGAAAUGUUGUCUACGGAGUGGAUAGUUUCAUCGGAGUUUCUAACAAUAGAUCAUCAUAACGGUAAACUGCCGAAAACGCCGAAAAUAGAUCAUCAUAACGGUAAACUGCCGAAAACGUCGAAAAUGGCAUAAUACAGGCCCAUACGUUGGAAGACCCACAUACCCGUCUUGUUGUGUCAGAACGUGCCUUUGGUCUCAUUACAGGCUACUUAUCCGACUUUGAGGCCAAACGGGAGUAUGUGUCAGGAAAAACUCAGUUAAGUAUUUCUACCUUAUAAUGUACAAAGCCGGACGUCAUACACGCUAUAGCAGCUAUAUGUAUAUAUCACAUAAUGCAUUUAUACCUGUUGAGUUGUCGUCUUGUAUAUUUGUGGAUGUUUAUUUGAAAAAUCUACCCUCGAGUCCCGCUUUCACGGAAAAGUAUGACAGAAAACAUUGUGAUUUUGUUCUCCGAAGUUUUACAGCGGCUAAUCAUAGACUUUUGCAUCAAAAUGUUUAGGUCAAAGUACUGAUCUAAGGCUGCUCCUUUACUCCUGAACAGACACGUAAAUGUGUUUACCUUGUAUAUGGUUAUUUGAUAACGGAACAGUUUCUGCACGAAUUAUUUGUUGGUUGCUUUAUGUAGAGGUCAUAAAAUAUCGACGGCUAACCCCGAACACCUACAGCAAAACU